AUGACGCCGCCGACGUCCACAAAUGUUGUUGUACCGCCACGCUACUUCAGCUUUAAGGACUUUUUGUCAGAGACAGAGGCCGCCACCUUUUUCAAGCUGCCGCACGCUGAUCAGGUAAUCAAAGUAGAGCAGUACCUAGCUUUCUUGGGCCAACAGCCAAAUGCAGCGCAGUUUUCGACAUCGUCCAAGGCGUCUAUCAGCUUCGCAGAGCUUCGAAAAGACUUCACGGUCAAGACAAUUGCGGACAAUAAUAAGACCCACGUGCUGGAUGUCGCAUUACUAAAGCAACUUCUUAAUGGACGAACCUGUAGCGGGUUCGGUGCCUUUGGCACAGCACCGGGGUUCUUACCACAAAAGAGAUUGAGCUUGUCUGUCGGUCACAUUAUCGAAGAAAUUGGACACACCUACAUUGUCGAGCGCAAUAAGCGCGGUAGUGUAACUCCACCGGUGCUAAACAGCCGAAGCUUCUUUUUCUACUGGUGCCACGCAGAAAAGCAGAAGCUCAUGGACAUUCGAGAAAAGCUAACAGCAAAGAAGAUUUUACCGCAAUUGAGGUGUUUGUACUGGCAACGAAUCGUGAUUAUGGUGGACCGAGUCAUGUGCGAUGAUUGUAUCCGGUUUGCUGAGUGCCUUGCACAUUUUGAGGAAGCAUUCAUCUAUAUCCAAGACCCAGACGUAACGCGCGUAUUUUCUCCUUCUAACACUCAACAAGCAUGUCGCGUUCUCAAAUAG